AUGGGCGCGUCGUUAUCGAACCUAACGGAGAACGGGUCGGCCAACGGCGGGCCGGGAUUAGGGGACAUACCCGAGAGCUGCGUUGCCUGCGUUUUCCUGCACCUGACGCCACCGGAGAUCUGCAACUUGGCUCGGCUCAACCGCGCCUUCCGCGGCGCCGCCUCAUCUGACGCCGUCUGGGAAGCCAAGCUGCCCGCUAACUACCAACAGUUGCUCGACCUUUUGCCUGAAGAUAAAUACCAAGGGCUGUGCAAGAAAGACAUCUUUGCGCUCUUCUCUCGCUCUGUCCCCUUCGAUGACGCCAAUAAGGAAGUAUGGCUGGAUAGGGUUACUGGAAGGAUUUGCAUGUCAAUCUCUGCAAAAGCAAUGACCAUAACAGGGAUUGAAGAUAGGAGAUAUUGGAACUGGCUUCCUACAGAAGAAUCUAGAUUCCAUGUUGUGGCCUAUUUGCAGCAAAUAUGGUGGUUUGAAGUUGAUGGAGUGGUGAGGUUUCCUUUUCCUCCAGAUAUCUAUACUCUAUCAUUCAGGAUUCAUCUUGGAAGAUUCAGUAAGAGAUUAGGCAGACGAGUUUGCAAUUUUGAACAUACUCAUGGUUGGCAUAUAAAACCAGUGAGAUUCGAGUUCUCUACUUCGGAUGGACAGCAUGCCAUGAGUGAGUGCUGCUUGGAUGAUGCUGUACAGGAUGAUGUAAAUGGGUAUCGCAAGCGUGGGUACUGGAUAGAGUACAAGGUUGGAGAAUUCAUUGUUAGUGGAUCAGAUCUUGAAACUGAGGUUAGAUUUUCAAUGAAACAGAUUGAUUGCACACAUUCAAAAGGUGGGCUUUGUGUCGAUUCUGUAUCAAUCAUUCCCAGCAAUCUGAAAGGGCAUAGAAGAAAAGGAGUUCUGAAGUAAUCAUAAAUCACAUAUUGUCCAGUAUCAACACUGAUCCCAAAAGGUUUUAGUUGGGGGUUUAUUUUACUGAUCAUACUAAAGAAAAUGGUUGGUGUCAUGGAGGAUGUCAUCAUAAAUUUUUUCUUGUUAUAGGUAUGUCUCUUUUGUCCAUGUAAUUCUAAUUGCAUUGUAUUUGAUCAAGUUUUGUUGCAUAGUAUACCUUUGAUGAAGUUCAAUAGAAUUUACACUGCUUCGUUUUGGCUUUUACACACAAAAAAUAGUAAGUUUCCUUACUUCAAUGAUUUGUAAAUGAUGUAUAAUUUUUUGUCAGAUCACAAAGCCGUGAAUAUUGCAUGCUUUUCAUGUUUA